GUACAGUUAUAAACUCAUUAAGUUUAUACCUGUGUACAUACAGCAGGAGAAAGGCAUAGAUAGAUACAGCUCACAGAGUCCUGGGAUUAUUGACAACCGUAGCAGUGUGAGUUGGUAUUAAAUGAUCAUAGAACCGCAAAAACUCUCCGCCACUGAUCAUGCUCUCGAAAAAGCUGCACAGCAAACACUCUUCAGACAGUCAGGUACGGUUUGACAUGACGGAGAAAGUGAUGACUAUGGGGGAGGAGGAGGCCUUUAAGAUGAGGGCCGGGAGGAAGAGACACAGUGUACAGCUAGACAAACGCAUCACACAGCAGCUACUGCAGGCAGACAGGAGGUCCAGUAAUGCCAGCUCAACAGGGGACAGUGUGGACUCCCUAUCAUCCUACACCGGCAGUUCCUCGGAGGGUGAAGACGUUAACCCAAGAGAGAAAGUACAGAAAAAUGGCAAAGGAGGAACUGACUUCUGCGUACGCAACAUUGAAAGUGCAGCAUUCGGCCGACGAGAGAUCGAGAUCGCAGAACAAGAAAUGCCCGGGUUGAUUGCCCUACGACGGAGAGCCGAGUCGGACAAGCCUCUUGUUGGAGCCAAGAUCAUCGGGUGUACGCAUAUCACAGCACAGACUGCCGUUCUCAUGGAGACCCUAUCAGCCCUGGGGGCUACGAUCCGGUGGGCAGCCUGUAACAUCUACUCAACACAGAAUGAGGUAGCUGCAGCUCUGGCUGAGGCUGGAUUCCCUAUCUUCGCCUGGAAGGGCGAGACAGAGGAGGACUUCUGGUGGUGUAUUGACAAGUGUAUCAACACUGAUGGCUGGCAGCCUAAUAUGAUCCUGGAUGAUGGUGGAGAUGCAACCCACUUGAUGCUGAAGCGCUAUCCGGCCAUGUUCAACAUGAUCAAGGGUAUCGUGGAGGAGAGCGUGACCGGUGUCCAUCGUCUGUACCAACUGUCCAAGUCGGGUAAACUGACCGUCCCCGCAAUGAAUGUCAACGACUCAGUCACCAAGACCAAAUUUGACAAUCUGUACAGCUGUAGAGAAUCCAUCCUUGAUGCACUAAAGAGGACAACCGAUGUCAUGUUUGGAGGGAAGCAAGUGGUUGUCUGUGGAUAUGGCGAGGUUGGAAAAGGUUGUGCCUCGGCCCUGAAGGGACUCGGCUGUAGUGUGAUGGUGACGGAGAUUGACCCGAUCUGUGCUCUCCAGGCAUGCAUGGACGGUUUCCGCGUGGUGCGGCUUGACGAGGUUUGUCGACAAGUCGACAUUCUCAUUACUUGCUCAGGAAAUAAGAAUGUAGUAACACGUACUUUCAUGGAUCGCAUGAAGACUGGAUGUAUCGUGUGUAACAUGGGACACUCCAACACAGAAAUAGAUGUGGGAAGUCUGAGAACCCCGGAUCUAACCUGGGAGAAAGUCAGGUCACAGGUCGAUCACAUCAUCUGGCCUGACGGCAAGAGAAUUAUCCUACUGGCUGAGGGUCGCCUGGUGAAUCUCAGCUGCUCCAGUGUACCCUCUUUUGUGGUGUCCAUCACCGCUGGCACUCAGGCCCUAGCUCUGAUAGAGCUAUACAAUGCUCCUGCUGGCAGAUACAAGCAAGAUGUCUACCUCUUACCAAAGAAAAUGGAUGAAUAUGUGGCCAGUCUCCAUUUACCUACGUUUGAUGCUCACCUGACGGAACUCAAUGAUGAACAAGCAAAGUAUCUGGGACUCAACAAGACCGGACCAUUCAAGCCAAACUACUACAGAUACUGAAAACCUACGCAACAUCAUCACCAUUCCACGACUCCAGGACAACCCGUCACGAUCACACAACAGGAAGUGGGCAUUCCAAGUAACCAUGACAACAGUGAUGCAAGGAAAUCACCAGUUACUGUCGUCAUGGUUACGCUGUAAUUGUUAGGAUAACUCGCACAGAAAGAGCCUGUUAAUAGGGAUUUUUAAUGAUGAACAUGAUUUCAAAUAAUGAUGUUGAUUUUGUUUAUGAUAAUUCAAAUAAAUUAUCAAAGUUGUCUGCCGUAUAAUGAAAUGUUAUAAUCAAGCAUACUUGUAAUGUUUUACCUGAAAUUUAAUAUGAAAUUAUGAGAGUUGAUAUCUGUAAGGUGUCUAUACAUUUUAUUGCAAUUUCUUUGAAAAAAAUUGUUGAAAUUUAAAGAAUGUCCGUAAUAAUACGUUGCAAACCCAUAAGAAUGUUCUGUACAAUCAGACUUGUUAAAUAUUAAAAUAAUUUCAGAUCAAAACUCUCAUGAUAAUCAUCCGGGUUCAACUGUAUCAGUAGAUCUUUGAUAUGAAAUUUUGAGUACCAUUGUGAAAGUAAAUGAAGUUUAUGUUACGGUAAAAACCACCAUUUUUUGUGCUUCAACUUCUCUUACAUAGAUUGUAGCUUUAAAUUAUCAGCAAAAAUUAUUAUAUAUGUUAAAAUUAUAUCUUAUUAGGUGAUGGAUUAAUAUGUUGUUCUGUAAAUAAAAAACAUGUUUUUACAUAAGAGAGGAAGCCCACAGCUGUAUAUAUACAACUUAGUUAUGAGAUGGGCUAUGCAGAAUUUUAACCUUUUUUUUUUUAUAGUCCGUUCAGAUUUUACGACACUGACAAUCUGUCUGAUGUUGCUUUGUUUAUACAUAGUCAAUCAAACACUUCAAUUUGCGGCAUUAAAUUAAAUUAUUAUGAAAGAGUUUACGUAAUCGAACAGGCAUUUAGAAUUUUUUGUGAAUAUCAAAAAUACUCUAAUAAUAAAGCACGUUUAAUAAAGCACUGCAUAUCAUCUGUCAAAGUUUGUUGGACAAUUUGAGAGAAUUAACUUCAGAAAUUUCCAAAUGCACAUAGAUUUAAUGUUUGUUGACCUGUGUUUCACUGUUCACUGUCAUAUUUUCAUUUGUACAGAUGACUGAUACGUACAGGUAAUGUAAUAGUGAACCAACAUUUGUGGAACCUUUUAGAUUUUUGUGCAAACUAUCAUAUAUGCCUAUUCCGUCUUUGCGUAUUGCAGAGUUAUCUGCUCUUGUGAGCAGGUAUUGAUUGUUACCUCAUUGGUGUGUGUGAGAAAAUUACGUCGUUUUCUCAAAAAUUGAUGACGUCACUCUCACAAACAAAUGACGUAACAAUCAAUACCUGCUCACAAGACCAGAUAACUCUGCAAUCCGAAAAGUAUUAUGGAAUACACUGUUGUGUAUAAAGUGUCAUAAAUUAAGGGGGGAAACAAAUUCCAAAACAGAAAAUAAAUUCUUAAACAGUUCUACCACCAUAUGCAUGUAUAUCAAUUUUUUCUGUUAAUGGAACCCCAUUUUGUUUAUUUCAAAGAUUAAAACAAAAUAUUGUGUGGGGUCAAACUUUUGAUUUUACUUGCAUCAACUAAUGAAGACGUAUCAAUUUAUCCAAAGUUAUUUUCAUAUCAAUGGUAUUACAAAAAAGAACAAUUUGUAAAAAGUUCUUUGACUUCUACUCAAUACAUUAGGUAUUGAGUAACUCAACAGGCUUAGGAUGUUUGUCUGUUUCUUUCCAUGACUAGGUGCUAGAGGUGCGAGGGAGAUUUGUGAUAAAAUAUUGAUGUAUAAAUUUGUUGAAAUUCAUUGAUUUUUAAAAUUACCUUAGUGUAUUACUUUGUGCUAGGUCUGUUGUAGAUUGUCAUUCACGUCAGUGUGUUUAAUAUUACUGUGGAUUGAAUCAAUACUGAAAGUUCGUUACUUGUUCUGAUUAUGAGAGAAAUUUUUUGACUGCUUUCAUAUAUGAUGUAGCUCUAUUACCUUUGUCUAUUGGUAGGAACAAAAUAUUAAGCAAAAUUAAGUAAAUUGAAACUGCAAAAAUUUACUGCAGUCUUCACAGUUAUUUAAGUACUGGCAAAACCAAUCCCAUGAAAAAUAAUGAAAAAAGGGGUUUAUUACUAUUCAUUAACUCAUUCACCCCUGAAAUUCAUAAUGCGCUGUCACAACCUUUGAAUUGUAAGACUACGAAUGUAGCUUCAGGGGUGAAUGAGUUAAUCAAUAUAUCAAUCCAGAGUUGUUCCCCUUGAAUAAGAAAGACUAAUUGUUGAGAGACAGGAGAGAGUCCUAGCGUUACAUUUAUUUUGAGGUUGUAAUCAUUUAUAAAAAAAAUCACAAUGGAUUAAUUCUUCAGUGUCCACAUGAGAUAUUCUAAAAUGUUUCCUUCAUCUUUCUUUGUUAAUAUACUUUGUUUUUGGAUCAUUUUAACUGGAGAUUGUAAAUUUGAAUUCUGCUUGUAUUCAUAUAAUAUUACUGAUAACACUUGAAAAAAAUCAGAAUGAAUUUUGAUUGAUGUGUGAUUCUAGCAUUGGUACACCUGUUAAGAAAAAAUGUUUGAUUUAUAUUCAAAGCUUCGAGUAUAGUGGAAAUCUCAGGUUUAAACAAAGAAUUAUGUCAAUAUUAAGUACAAAUUAUAUUUAUUGCUUAUUUAAAAAGAAUAAAACAAUUGUAUAAAAAUUGAUGAAUAUGUACAUUUUGUAAAUGUUUCAGAACCCGAGAUUGGCUGGAAUUUUCAAGAUAAAAAUUAUAUACUUAUAUGUAUAUAUAUGUACUGCGUUUAGUUUACCUGUAAAUAGUGAUGAGAUAUGAUUACCUAUGGUAGUUCUAGCGUUGUACUCAAGAGAAAUCUUCAUGCUAGCAUGUUGAGAUGUGUUUGUUUUAAAUGCCUCAUUAUAUAUCUAGUAUUUGAAAGUAGGGCGUCAAGAUGUCGUGACUGUUUUAAACUUUAUUAUUCCAGCAAAAAAGUACAACUGAUAUUCUUGUACAUGAGUUCUGGGAACAAUACAUGUGUACUUGGAACUACAGUCUUUAUGUGAUUCAUAUAUACAUGUAUGUGUGUGUACUAAGAAUUAUAUUGAUUUUGUUGUAUAAGGUACAUGACUUUAUGUACUAGGAACUUUGCUUGUAUACUAAGAACAGACCCUAAACGGGGCAAGGAGCACUGCAAGGCAGCUAGCCACUGGUCCAUCUCUUUAGAAGUCGGCGCUCCUGCCCCUAACAACUUUUGAGAACUAAAAAAGUGCCGAAAUGUUUUCAUUUGUACAAACUUUGAUUAAGUACCCUUUCUGAUGCCCUUCUCAAAAAAUUGAGAUUGUUUCAGUGUGUGGAUGUGUGCGUGUGGCCAAAAGGAUGGUACAACAUGGCAAUAUUGCAUACUUGCAUCAGAUUUAUGCUAGACCAAUGUCGUUGUCUUUUGUCUUCUAUGUGAUUAGAACAGCCUGUAUUUUAACCUUUUUUUUUUAAUGUGUUGACAAGGAACUGCAGGCAGAGAAAAUUAAAGUCUACACAAUUGAACACAUUACUGGACCACCAUGCUUUGAUCCUUACUCAACUAACUUGGUGCAGCUCGGUCACUUAACAGGAAAAGUAGUGAACCAAUUAAAUGGCCAGUUAAGUCUUAUUUAUCCAAUCUGUUAUUGUUAACAAAUUUAUUUUUGACAUUCAAGAAUAUGAGAUAUUUAAAGGUAUAAUAUCAUACACCCCUCCCACACAUUAUACAGGCAAUCAAAGGAUCUUCAGUUGAGCUUUCAAAGUUCACAUUGAGGUUGCCGAGUUCAGAUUGAGGUUGCCAUCAUUUAUGGUUGAUUACAUGUCUGUGUUGACAAACUGUAGGCAACCUUUUUAUGUUGGUACUUAUACCUUAAUAUUGUAAUUUUUUGUUAUAGAUUUUCUGAGCUAUAAAUUUACUUUGUUAAUUGCAUUUAACUUCCCAACAGCCAUGUUAGUUAUCCUUUUACAAAGCCAAUCGGGCAAAAAGAUACAUCACCUGUAAAAAUCUGGUAGUUAUAGGUUUGUCAACCAUCAUUUUUUCUUGUCACUCGAGUGUUAUUUUUCCAUUGUUUUUUAUUCAACAGAAUGUUUAAACUUUGUUAUUUAGGUGAACAUCUCUUAAUGCAGAUGUCAUCACUGAAUUCAAACUUGGAUUCAAACCGAAGAUUUGUUUUAAUAGCAACACGAUUCAACUUUAUCGGACAUAACUACAUUGGAUGUAUAUUGAGCCAAUCAGUGAUUUGUUACAUUGAAUUUGAUUGGUUCCUAUUUCUACUAGUCACAGAUCAUGACCUAUGGAUGUGGUCGUUUCAUAUGUACUCGUUUUGGAGGCUACUUAAGAAUCAUCACUUGUUUGGUCUGUCCAAAUUGAGGAAUACUUUCAUAAAAAUAUGGAAAGAAUAAAAAAAAUCUUAG